AUGUCGUUGAACUACGCUCAAGCACUAUCCCCUUAUGAAAACAAAGGACAAGUUGGAAUGCCAGAGUGCCUAAUCAUUUAUCUUUUAUUUUGGUUCCGUGAUUCAUCAGAAGAACUUGGUGAUAAGUGUGCCCAACUGGCUGAUCUAUUGCGGCAAAGUAAAUGCACAUUCGUAGUGACAGGAGCAGGUAUUUCAACAUCCGCUGGUAUCGCCGAUUUUCGCGGACCUAAUGGUGUAUGGACGAUUGAGAAAGAAGGUCGCGUAGCAGAAAGUGUUGAUUUUACCCGAGCUCGUCCGACGCUUACGCACCGUGCGCUUCGAAUACUGGAAGAGCGAGGAUUGAUCAAAUUUCUAGUGUCGCAAAAUGUUGAUGGCUUGCAUCCACGUUCGUCGUUUCCGUUGAAUCGAUUGGCUGAGCUUCAUGGGAAUGUUUUUUGCGAGCAAUGUGAACGGUGCUCAAGACGCUACUAUAGAGAUUUCCCUACCGGAAGUGUCGGCUUGAAAUAUACGGGUCGAAAUUGUGAGGGUACUCCGAAAGGUCGUGCAUGUCGUGGACGACUCCGUGACACAACUCUGGACUGGGAAGAUGCUCUGCCGGAGCCCGAUUUCACUAUAGCGUAUAACUAUGCAAAGCACGCACAUCUCUCUCUGUGUUUGGGAACGUCGCUGCAAAUAGUGCCUGUUGGCGAUAUGCCACUUUUAGCGAAAAAGAACGGCGGAAAAAUGGUGACUGUGAACUUGCAGGCAACUAAGCAUGAAAAGAAAACGGAUUUGGCAAUCCAUGGCUUGGUAGACGAUGUUAUGAUGCGCGUGUUGGGUCAUCUGGGCAUCAAGCUAGAUGAGGAUCUCAAAGAAAAGGAAGAGAUAGUAUGGCAGUCGAUCCACCCACUUGAGGAAUUCAAAACAGCGCGAAAGCGCCCAUCGAAGACGAAAAAAGAGGAGAUCAUCGAAGAGAAAUGUCCGAAAAUCGUAGAAGAAGCUCAUGACGCAACCAUCGAUGCAGCUGCAGUGCAAGCUCCGGCAGAUACUCAAGGAGAAACCGAAUAUCGGGAAGUAAUAGGUUGA